AUGACUCACCACAAGAACUUGAACGCGGCUCGUCUUCAUGAUGGCACCAUCGCCUUCGUGCUCAGAGCCGUUGCUGGUGAUGAACAGCGCCUCGCCGCAGUGGAACUGCCUAAGCGCGAUGGACGAUAUGGGUUCUCGCUAGUUAAUCCAAGAAACUCGCUUGCUCGUCUACUAGCAGAUCGAUUCCAACGCUGCGAGCCUGGUCUGCGUCUCCACAGACGCAAGUGCCUUAGAAAACUUCCGAGUCAAAAUGCGUCCACGCUGGUGGACGAGUACGACGAGCGUCACCCGCUGUCACUCGACGAACUGCGAUUGAAGUCAGUGUUGAAUCACGAUGACAAGGCAGAGGAAACGUCACCAACAAUACCAGUACCAGGACCAGUCGAGGAACCGGAAUGGAAAUUGGUAGCAUCUUGGCAUACCUUGUUCAAAGAACUAGGUUUGCGUCAAGAUACCACUCACGACACCGCCGGGUGGAGUGAAGAGAAACCACAGCAAGAAGAUGCGGUUUCGCUACAAGUCGAGCUCUUUCCCACUCCGCGGCCUGUCCCUGAUUAA